AGGAUAACAACACUCGCGUGGCGCCGGUCCCUGCUUCCGCAAACAGAACCGAAGGUGGCAGUAUCGUUCAUGAAGUUUUACCAUCUGUUGAAGUAAUCAAAAAUGGAAAAUUCUGCAAAAGCAGAGGAAUGUGGAAAGAUCUCUCUUGAAGAAGCAAAAGCAUUAAUAGAUUCGGAAACAAAAUCUUCAUUCAGUAUUAAUGAAAACACAACUACUCCUAGGUCUGGGCUUUUUGAGAAGGCUCCUACCUAUGGGCAAGUAGGCACACCAAAAAAGAGAAAAAUGGAGUUUACAGAUGACGUUGUAAAAGAGAGUUCCAGUUGUGGGGAAGAUACUCCAUCCAAGAAAAGAAAACUUGAUGCCGAAAUUGUCCCAGAGGAAACAGGUUCUGGUGGUGAUGAUGAAGGCAUUUCAAGGAAAAGAAGACUGGAAACUGAUGAUUUCCCAAAAGAUGAACCUUCUCCUGGAGACAGCACCCAGAAAAAGAGAAAAAGAGAACUUGAGGAUGUUCCUGAAAAACAAAGAAACUUAGAAGAAGGACAUAGCUCAACAGUGGCUGCUCACUACAAUGAACUUCAAGAAGUUGGUUUAGAGAAGCGUAGCCAAAGUCGUAUUUUUUACCUAAGAAACUUUAAUAAUUGGAUGAAAAGUGUCCUCAUUGGGGAAUUUUUAGAAAAGUUACGACAGAAAAAAAAACGUGACAUUACUGUUUUGGAUUUGGGAUGUGGUAAAGGUGGAGAUUUGCUCAAGUGGAAGAAAGGAAGAAUUAACAAGCUAGUUUGUACUGAUAUUGCUGAUGUUUCUGUCAAACAGUGUCAGCAGCGGUAUGAGGACAUGAAAAACCGUCGUGAUAAUGAAUAUAUUUUCAAUGCAGAAUUUAUAACUGCUGAUUGUUCAAAGGAACUUUUGAUUGACAAAUUUCGUGACCCGGAAAUGCACUUUGACAUCUGCAGUUGUCAAUUUGUCUGCCAUUACUCAUUUGAGUCCUAUGAGCAGGCAGAUAUGAUGCUCAGAAAUGCCUGUGAAAGACUUAGCCCUGGAGGCUAUUUUAUUGGUACCACUCCCAAUAGCUUUGAACUGAUAAGACGCCUUGAAGCUUCAGAAACAGAAUCAUUUGGAAAUGAAAUAUAUACUGUGAAAUUUCAGAAGAAAGGAGACUAUCCUUUAUUUGGCUGCAAAUAUGACUUCAACUUGGAAGGUGUUGUGGAUGUCCCUGAAUUCUUGGUCUAUUUUCCAUUGCUAAAUGAAAUGGUCAAGAAAUAUAAUAUGAAACUAGUCUACAAAAAAACAUUUCUGGAAUUCUAUGAAGAAAAGAUUAAGAACAAUGAAAAUAAAAUGCUAUUAAAACGAAUGCAAGCCCUGGAGCCAUAUCCUGCAAACGAGAAUUCCAAACUUGCCUCUGAAAAGGUGGAUGACUAUGAACAUGCAGCUCAGUACAUGAAAAACAGUCAAGUAAGGUUACCUUUGGGAACCUUAAGUAAAUCAGAAUGGGAAGCUACAAGUAUUUAUUUGGUUUUUGCAUUUGAGAAGCAGCAGUGAACACCAGAACAGCUGUGUUCCAUCUUACACAGAUUUGAAUGAUCCACCUUAGAUAGAUUUGACAACUUUUUGUUUGAUUAUAUUAAUUAUUCUAAAUGUAAAGGAUGCUGCCAGAAACUUAAGUGUAUACAUUUAAUAUUUGCUGUCUGUGACAGAUGAACUUUGGUGUGUGUAUAUAAGAAUGAGUUGGGACCUUCCUCUUUAAAAAUCUAUUUUUAAUGUUCAAAUAAUUCCAUUUGCCUUUACUCUCUUAGCUCGUAAGAAUUAUAUGACUUGUUAAAGCCUCUGAACUCUUUACACAGUGUUCUGAUUUACUCAGUCUGUUUACAGUAUUUACUUUAUUACAGUUGUAGAAUUGAUGAGGUAGUGUACUGGUUUGCAGGUGUGUGCUCUCAUUUCCAUAGUUAUAUAGUGAUUUUCAAGAUUAAAUGGAUUGCGUUUCUAACUGAAUAUAAAUGUUCAGUAUGUAUCACUAAAGUUAUAAGUUUAAAACCAGAUUUUAGGUGGCCAUAAUAGUUAUUUACCCAGAAUUUUAGCCAGAUAGAACAUUUCGGAUGCCAGCAUAGAAUGGCUUUGGAUUUUGGGGGCUUUCUCUGAAGAAUUUCCUGCCAUACCAAUUACUGUUUCUAGGUUUCAAGAAUGUAAUUAGAUUUACCUCUCUUAAUUGAACAAAAAUGCCGUAGUUUUUUUCUCAAGAUAUAAUGAAAACCUCUCCAUGCAGACCUGUUGCAGAUUAUCCUCAGAUUUAGAUACGGAAUUGCAAUCAGGGUAUGACUGCAAAAAAAAAAAAGAAAGAAAGAAAGAAAGAAGGAAACUACAGACUUAAGGUUAAUUCUUCCUACAUUAGAACUAGGCUACUGGCACUACAUACUAUAGAUCCAUUACUUCCUUCAUCCCAGAAAGAAGCAGGAGUAUUGAUUUCUCAAUUACAAUGUUGUACUUUGCAUAGUAGGAUCAAGCGUCUCAUCACCAUUCAGAAUUUGUAUUUGUGAUUUCAAAACCAUUACAAUUGUCAGCCUUGUCUUCUUGCUUGAUUACUCUUCCAAAAUAGACAGCUAGGUGUCCUUACAUCACUGUUUAGAAAACUUGACAAUUUUUUAAUGUAGGAAAAAACUUAAACAGCAAAGCAGAGCAACUAUUGCAUAUUCUUUUAAAAAUAAUUUCUUUAAAGCAUGCUUAAAAAACAUUACUUUCUAUAAUUAUCCUGAGUACUUGUUUAAAAUGUAUAAUUUUCAAUUUGUUUAUAUAUGUUGUUCAUGGAGUAGCAAGUCUUUCAGCAAGAAACAUUGGUUAAGGAAUUUGUCUCCUCUGCAAUCUGUCAAUCUCCAGACUGUUACCAGUUUGCAAAAAUUAAGUUUUUUUGCCUUGCUGGUUGCCAUGAGUCAUUUGGGGAAAUAGCAGUAUGUCUGACUACGGUGACUACUCUUAGCUAGCUAAGGUUUUUGUAAUGGUGCUGAGGAGAUGGAGAUGGUGAGCUCUUGGUAUUACACAUCCAGGUUCCUUUUAGUCUGGAGGGAGUACCAGAAAGUAUUGUGAAAGUUCAGUAGAACAUGAAAAGCUUCUUUAUUAUUUUCUAUUGCUAUUCUCACUUAAUGGUCUUAGUUUAUUCUAAGCAAAUAAUAAAAAAAUUUGAGCCUCUUUUUGCUCUUCUCGCCCUAAAAGACAGAAUAAUUGUGGUAAUACAAAGCAGAGAGAAAAGGAAGGUCCAGGGCUCAGGAGCAAAGGAAAUCCUGAGUGGAUGGAUCAGGGUUCUGGAGUCUGAAUGGUACAGAUCCACAUCUGAGGAUGUGGAUUUCCAGAUGUUACCCUUUGAAUGUUAGUCUUGUUGUCUUCUCUGGUCUUCCCUCCACUCCCUGAUGUCUCCUUGCUGCAAUUAAAUGCCUGGAUGGUGAUGCAGGAAGAACUUGCAGGAAAAGGUGGCCCCUGCCCAAUAUCACCAAGCUAGUAGGACUCCACCACCACCACACAAAAACACCCACAGUCUAAACAUUUGGUUACUUUCCAUUCAAGACUCAUAACUAUCAGGAAAAGGAGCAGUAUGGCUUUUUACUGUCAGUUCAGUGAUAUAAGUCGUUCAUGGGAGUGACUGCAAGGCCUUCCCAGACCUGUUUGUCCUCUGGGGAUGAAAGUAGAAACGAAGAUCAAAUCAGCCAUUUGUGGAAAGAACACAGCCUGAUAUUGGAAGGAUUGAUCUAGGAACAUGGCUAGAUGGUACAAACAAGAAAACUCGAAUUCUUUGGGCCUAGAUUAGGCUAAAAGAAAGGCACUAUGUAGCCAUGUUGUUCAGAGGGAGGAACUGGCCAAUUCUAGCUUCAUUCAAAGGGGAAGUGUCCUAACCUACAGACAGCAAGAAGGCUGCAGGUAGUAAUUCUGCUCUUUCUGUGCCCACAAAGCCUCUGGUUCUAGUGUGACUCCCAGAGAAAUUUGAUUUCUUUUAACUAACUUGUAACUAUCAGUACAGUUUUGUUGCUUAACCCCUCCCCAAACUUGGAAAUUGAGGAAAUAUGAUUGCAGUUUAAAUUGUCAAUAGCAUUCAUCAAUAGGAGCAUCAGAGCAGAGGUGUACAAAGUGAGACGGGGUUUGAGGCAGGGUACAAUGUUAAUUAUCAUUGGAGAGGCAGAAAAAGCAUUGUCCAGUACCAAGAUCUCCAGUCCCAUUAUUUCUUUUGGGAAUUUAUUCUUUAGCUUUUAUUAACUUACUGCCAUUACAUUAUUAUGAUAUGUCUUUAAGUAUUCUUCUAAUGAAGAUUUGGCUUGUGUAGGUCUGCCUUCAAGGAAAAAUGCCAGUGUGAAUAUUCUAGUGAAUAUUCAGAACAUUUUUCACUGUUGACGAAGUGACUUCUUGUUGUCUACCUCAGGCUUUGUAUGUAUCAUGAACCAGUCACUGCCAAGGUCUCUAGGUUUUCAAAAUAGAGGCCAAAUCUGGGACCAGGGCAGUAUAAAGAAAGUACCAAAAUGCCUUUGGCAUUUACUGGCCGAUGGGCAAAUAGGAAGUAUAUAUGAUGGAUGUCAUCACUUCUCUAAUUGCUGCUGUUAUAUCAAAUACUACACACCUCAUAAGAAGUUUCUUCAUUUUUCACCCCCUAAGAGCAACAUUCCUGAUUCUUUGAAGGCAAUAAAUGCAGUGGGUGCUGCACUUAUUUAUUUAGUGAUAGACUUAUUUAGCAGAUAUAUAUGGAGCUGGGAAGAGCCAACUCCUCUACCUUAUGUCCUUAGUUCCUCCUCUGCUCCCAUUUAGCCCUGAAGCAUGUGUGCCUGCUUGUCACUGCAAUACUGAGCAAGUAUGUGACACGCAGGAGUACUCUCUUCAAUUUGCCUGAGACUUAAGGUCAGCCCUGAAGCUCUGCUCCCUGAACUCCAAGGGGACUGUGCAGCUAGGAUAAAGUGAGGGUGACAGCUAACAUUAAGCUCCUAAUGUAAGUCAAUCACUUGGUCCUUACAACAAUCAUAUGAGGUCAGAAAAGGGAUAACUUUUAAUGAUGAGGAAACUGAGGCACCAAGAGGAUACAAACUUGCCCAAGGCAGAGCCACGAUUUGAAUUUCCCACAUCCCCCAAAUCAGGCCUGCUCUUCAAUUGCAUGUUACAUUCUUAAGUGUUGUUACAAAGACUCAGAUGACUCCUUGCCCAUCUACCACCUGCAACUUGAAAUGUUAACUAUUGGAACACCACCCAUUUCGUUCAAAAUUUAGAUACUUUUUAUUGAAGUGUAACUGAUCUUUCACAUGAAACACAUGAAUAUCUACUGGACAUACAUCAACAAAUAUUAUUACCAGCACCCUGGAAGUCCCUCUCAUGCUCCCUUCCAGUUACUACUUCCCCAAGGGUAAACACUGUCCUAAUUUCUAAGAGCAUAGGUUAGUUUCGUCUGCUUUGGGACGUGAAUAAUAUCUAGUAGUAAAUGUUCUUUUGUAUUUGGCUUAUUCAACAUUGUGAGAUUUUGGUUGCAUGUAUUUGUUCAUGGUUCAUUCUCACACUGCAUGAAUAAACCACAUAUAAGUAUUCUGAUGGAUGUUUGGUUCAUUCCCAGUUUGGGAACAGCUAUUACUAGUAACUGCCUCAAAAAUUCUUGUACAUUAAUUUUGGUACACAUUGGUAUGCAUUUUUGCUUAGGAGUGGAAUUGUAGGGUUGCAGUACAUAUUUUCAGCUUUACUAGGUACUGCCAAACAGUUCCCAAGUUCCAGUUGUCACAUUUUUGUCAACACUUGAUGGUAUCAGUUUUUCCAUUUUAUUCUGGCAGGCAGAUAGUGGUAUUUCAGUAUGGCUUUAGUUUUCUUUCACUGAUUAUUAACAAGAUUGAGUACUUUUCGUAUAUACUUAUUUAAGCAUCCUCUUGUGAAAUACCUGUCCAAGUUCCCCAUUUUCCUAUUGGGUGGACUCUUUUUUUGUAUUAACUUGUUGGUUUUUGAAAAAUAUGUUUAUUCUGGAUACAAGUUCUUUGUUGAAUGUACUGUGUUGUGAGAAUAUUUGAUGAAAAGGAGCUUUUAAUUUUAUUAUACAGUUUAUCAAUGUUCCUCAUGGUUAGCAUAUUUUGCUUAAGAAAUGUUUGUCUUCUCCAAGAUCAUGAUUAUGAAAAACUGCCAAAUUCACACAAAUCUGAGGUUGCCCUUUCUGCUUGUGAGAUUUAGGAAAAUAAAACAGUGUUUAAGUACCCUAACAGUGAUUUUUCACCACAUAUUGUUGCAGUGUCUUUGAUUGUCCUUGGC